UAUCUAUAUAAAGAGAUACAAAGUUUUAUAAUCACCCAUAAAUUUACAAAAGUUCAUACAUUAUUCCUAAGUUUUGUUUCUCAUUUUAAAGAAUGAAUAGCAAUGAGGGAAAUGUUGUUUAUGGCCGAAAACUGGCUUACCUGCUGAGACACAAUAUUAAUAAGAAAGUACAAGGUUUUAGAGCUGAGUGUCGUAAAAUGAUUAAAACAAAUGCUGAAAUUGCACCUGUUUAUGAAUCAUCAAGACGCAAGAAGCAUUUGACAACAAUACUACUCAAAAGGAAAACUUUUUCCUUUUCAUUUCCUAAAGAUUUUGAUCUUACAUGUUUUCCCGGCAUAGACAAUAUGCUGUCUAAUCUCGAAAGUUGGGAUGUUGAAUGUCGAAAGAGAGGAUCAGGAAUAUGUGAUACGUACUAUAUUCACACUACCAUCUCGGGUGAUAGAAUAUUACGAUCUGUUAUAGAAGUCGUAAACAACUUACUUCCUGAAGGAUAUGCCAAGUUGGAGAAGAGAAAAAGAAACAUAAAGGACGAGGAAGAUAACGAUGAAGAAAAUAAUUAUGAAAUUGAGGCUAAUGAAAACAACACGCCUCAAGUAAGACCUGUUGAUUUACUUGCUUUCGUACCUAGGAGAAAAAGAAGUUGUAAGAAAAAGGUUCAAAAAAGAAAACUUGCUGAAGUGGAGAACGAUAUUGCAACUAAAUCUCUCACCCGCCCUGAAGAGAUUCUUGAGAACAAAGAGAACAAUGUUGAAGCUGAAAAUGUUUCUUGUCCUCUUUUAAAAAUUGAGGACAAAAAGACCAAUUAUGUUGUAGAAAAGGUUGUUCGUCCUUCUGAAGUUAAGGACAACGAAAUCAACACUGAAGUUGAUAAUGUUUUAUGUCUUCCAAAAACUGAGGACAAAGGGAAAAAUCUUGUAGCUGGAAAUGAUGUGUGUUCUCAAGAGAUGGAGGACAGAAAACAAAAUUCUGAAGGAGGAAAUGCUUCAUAUUUUGAAACAAUGGAGGACAAAGCGAUCAAUAUGGAUGUUAACGAUUUUUCAAUAGAAGCAUCGUUAAAUCUACAAGAUUUUUCACCUGAAUUUGCGCUAAUUAUUUCGGAGGUGCAACCCAUUGUUCCUGUCAAUCAAGGAGUGUUAGAAGAUAUGUUGAAAGAUUGUGUUGUUGAAAAUGAUUCAACAAUAACAAAGAGAAUUAAUAACCAUGAAGUCUUGCCUGAGGUUCCAGAAGACUUCUCUGAGUAUGAUGAUUUGAUAGCAAGCUUUUUAAAAUGAUUUGUAUUUUUAAUUAAUGUUGUAAAAUAAUCAACAAUAAAAAAAUUAAUAAUUAUAUGUUGUUGUUUUCAUAGGAUGAGAGCAUGAGACAUUUGAUAAUUUGUUUUUUUUGUGCGGAGAUCAAAAUGUUUAACAAGUAUCAAAGUUCAAAUAUUAGAGGAUUAUUA